GGUUGGGCUUGUGCCUGCGCCGAGAAAAAGGAAGGAUUUCUUUGCGGUCGUUGUAGGUUUGCACCGCGGCAUAAACCGGUUAUAUCGACGUUAAAAUGGGAACCAGGGAUGAUGAGUACGAUUAUUUAUUUAAAGUUGUCCUGAUUGGAGACUCUGGGGUCGGAAAGAGCAACCUCCUGUCCAGGUUUACACGUAAUGAAUUUAAUCUGGAGAGUAAGAGCACCAUUGGAGUGGAGUUUGCCACCAGGAGUAUCCAGGUUGAUGGAAAGACUAUUAAGGCCCAGAUCUGGGACACAGCAGGACAGGAGCGAUACCGUGCCAUCACUUCAGCGUACUACCGUGGGGCUGUCGGUGCUCUGCUCGUUUAUGACAUUGCCAAACAUCUAACAUAUGAGAACGUCGAGCGAUGGCUAAAAGAGUUGCGUGAUCAUGCUGAUAACAAUAUAGUCAUUAUGCUGGUUGGGAACAAGAGUGACCUCCGUCAUCUGAGAGCUGUACCAACUGAUGAGGCACGAGCCUUUGCUGAAAAGAACAAUCUAUCAUUUAUUGAAACGUCUGCACUGGAUUCAACGAAUGUAGAAGAAGCAUUUAAGAAUAUUCUUACAGAAAUUUACCGCAUAGUUUCACAGAAGCAGAUUUCUGAUCGAUCGGCUCAUGAUGAAUCACCUGGUAACAAUGUGGUAGACAUCAGUGUGCCCCCAACGACUGAUGGGCAGAAAUCUAAUAAACUGCAAUGUUGCCAGAACAUGUGACCUGCUUCAGCAGCCCCUCUGAUCCCUACUUCUGCCUGUGCAUUGUAGUGUGUUGUGAAUGCUUCUGUCCAGUGUCCUGUGACUAAUGAAAUCCUUUCUAAUGAGUUGUAGCAGUAGAGCUAAUUCAUUUCUGCAUUUGGACCAUCCCUUUUUAAUGUGAUUGAAUUGCAUGUGCCCCUCUGCCUCUUUCAUUUACCUGUAAUUAUGAACACUCAAGACUAAGUCGAGCAAUACUUUAUGUACAUAACUUUUUUUUUAAAAAAGACAAACACAUCACCCUUCUGCAUCUUUCAACAGAAUUUGGGCUUGUGCAUAUUUAUGCUUCUAUAAUUGAGGGUUCCUGUAUGAAAAGGUCAAGAUCCCACCAUAUUUCAAUUGUGGAACAUCUUUUUAUAAUGCUACUGAGGCCUUUAUAUUCUAUCAAAAGUAUUUAUAUCUUGUGCUUUGAAGUGUUUUCAAAGGAAAACCAUAUUUCCCUUUCAGCAACUAGUGAUAUCUAUCAUCUAUAACUAUUUAAUUAUAGCCUAUUUGCUGUGUCUUAAUGUAGAUACUGAAGCUGCUUUGCAUUUACUAGUUAACAGCUUAGUGCAUUAAAACCUGACACAUUCCUGAAGCAUGUAAAUAUCCACACUGUCAGUAGUGCUACCUUCACUUUACUUGUCACUUGGAGAUUUUCAUUGUCAUUUGGUGGGGGAACCGUUAUUAGGGAUUGAAAGAAUAUGCAGCUUGCAGGGAAAAGAACCGUUCUCCUUUGAACUGAAUUUAGAUGGACUUCUGUACAUUUUCUUCUACUAAUUGUUUUGUUCAGAUUCUGUCUUCAAUUCCUUUUAACCAGGAUGAAAUUAAUGAGUACAGCAAACUUAGCUAUUUCUGACCUGGAGAGUUUCCUGAAGGGAGUACCUUUUUUUUGUUUCUAAUUUAAUGCUGAGUUAAAUCAAGAAAUGUGUUGCUGUCCAUCCAAUUCUCUCCUUUUUCUCAUCCCUGCUGACCUUAAGGGUUUUUUGCCUGUGACUGAUACACUGGAACAAUGGCUGUUAAAAUUAUUUGGAGCACACUAUUAUUUCCUUGUCACUAAUGGUUCCUCCAUUCCAUUAAGUGCAAUCCAUUUUGUAAAUAUGUAUUGUCACUUGAUUGUGCAUGGUUAUUAUAUAUGGUGGAUAAACUUGUUGCCAAAUC